AAUGGCUGCUCUUCCAACAUGGAAUAUUGGAGAAGAAGAAGAAACACCUUCAAAGAGGGAACCUCUAAAUGCUGCUGCGGGUUAUGGUAAGGAGAAUGUUGUAGAAGAACUACUGAAAGAGGGAAAGCCUAUUCAACUCGAGGGACAAACUCGUCAAACUCCUCUACACGAAGCAUGUCAAGGAGGUCAUUUACGAGUUUUAGAAUUACUUCUUGACCAUACUAAAGAUUGUGUGAAUAUAAAAGAUAAAUGGGAAAGAACUCCUGUUCAUACAUCCGCAUUUCACGGGGAAUUAGAAUGUCUGCGUUUAUUAAAAGAUAAAGGAGCUAAUCUGACAGCCUCUGACGUAAACGGCGCUCAAGCAUCUCACCUGGCAGCUGAACGAAACCACCGCAACAUAAUUGAAUAUCUUUACGAACAGGAAGUAAUACUCGAUAGCGCUGAUCAUAGCGGGCGUUUGCCAUUGCAUUACGCCGCAAAGCAUGGUUCAUUAAAUUGUCUUGUAAGCCUAGUAGAAAGAGAUUGUGAUCCAACAUUGCCGGACAAUGACGGAAAUUUGCCAAUACACAUUGCUGCCAGGUACAAUCGAUUGGAUUGUUUAAGAUUUCUACUUGAAACCGGAAAUCGUUUAGAGUCUGUUACCCCUGGAUCAUCUAAACGAAGAACCUCGCUGCACGUUUCAUCUUUAUGCGGGUCGGAGAAAGUUGUUCAUUGGUUGUGUGAAAAGGGAGCAAAUGUUCACGCCCGAGAUAUUAAUGGGGAUACACCGUGCCACUUAGCCGCUCAAUAUGGUAGAGCUCAAUGCUUUAAUUGUUUAAUAAAUCAUGGAGCGUCUGUUUCUAUAAAAAAUUAUAAGGAUGAGACACCCCUUGACGUAGCCAAACGAUCAGGUCACCCACUAUUAAUUGCCAAAGCCAUCGAUAAUAACGUUACUUGUUCUACUUGUUACUCAAAUUGCCGCCUAGCCGAAUGGGAACGUAAGCAUCCUCUCCCAGAAGUGCAUAAGAAAAUUAAACAAGCAAUUAAAAAAGAAGGCCUAUUUGAUAUUCCGGUGAGAAGUGCACAUGCCGAACCAAAAUCCCGUUUUUAUGGUAAAUUUGAAGAAAAUUUAUUAAAAAAACGCUCGCCAAGACGUGAUUUGACAGCUCAAUUUUUAGGAGAACAUUUACCAACUUAUAGACCUCAGUCUAGUCAAAACUUCUAA